AUGAGCAGCACAGACGAAUCAAGCUCGUCCUCCGAGGAGGAAGUUAAGAAGACCAAGAAGGAGGCCAAGGUAAAGAAGUCCAAGAAGGAUACCAAGAGCAAGAAACCAAAGAAGGAAAAGAAGAACAAGAAGAAGAAGAAGGAUGCCAACGCUCCACGUCGUUACCUCUCACCAUUCAUUUUCUUCUCCAAGGAGUACCGUCCAACCAUCAAGGCCGAGAAUCCAAAGGCCACUUUCGGUGAAAUCGGUGCCUUGUUGGGUAAGAGAUGGGAGACCAUCUCUGCUGAUGACAAGAAGAGAUACGAAAAGUUAGCCCAAGAAGACAAGAAGCGUUGGGAGAUGGAAAAGAAGGUCUACGACGAGAACAAGAAGAAUGAAUCCGAGUCAGAGUCAUCCGAUUCCGAUUAA